AUGUACAAGGAAGAAAGCCAUCUUUCCAUGUUGGUGGCAAAGCAAAUAUGCGUGGUGACAGACGCAUCGCAUCAUUCCUCGAAGGUUGUGCCGAUCACUUACCAGGGCGCCACCUACAACAUCCCGGUGACCAUCUACUUCGAUCCUCCUUAUCCCAAGCAGCCUCCUCGAUGUUUCGUUACGCCCACCGCUGGAAUGGCCCUGAAGCAGAACCAUCAAUCCGUCGACUCUGGGGGCAUGGUCUAUUCGCCCUUCCUCAGCGCCUGGUCCGAGACGAGCUCCACGCUGCCUCAGCUUGUCAAGAGCCUCGCCGAAAGCUUCUCGAGCUCUCCUCCCGUCUACUCGACCACCACCGUAGCACGGCCCACCUCUGCGCAGCAAGCCACGCAACCUGCACAGCCAGCGCAGCAGUCGGGUGCCAGCGGGCUUUUCGGAUUCCUUGGCCUGGGAGGACAGCAGCCUGCAUCGCAGCCAGCCCCUGCGCAGCCAGCAGCUGUCGUCACGGCGAUCCCUGUCUCACAAGCACAGCCUGUGGCUACCGUCGUGGCAACCCCGGUGCCGGCUCGGCCUAGACGGGACGAGAGGGAGGAGCUCGUGAAAGCGGUGACCUCUUCCCUCAAGGAGCGAUGGCCAGCGGUCGUCGAGCCUCUCGGCGAGCAGCUGAGCCAGCAACAGACGAGGCAGACCGAGCUCGAGGAUGCCAAGAAAAAGCUGGACGAGGAGGAGCAGAAGCUGAAGGACUCUGUGCAGGAGGUCUCCGCGCAGAAGGCACAGCUGGAGACCAUGGAGUCCGAGCUCCGGAGCUUCGUGGAGGCCGAAGCCGGCCGGGAGAUGGACCCAGAAACGGCGCUGGCGUCUCUGGACCCGGAUCGCCGGCAGGUGCUCGACCGCCUUGCCGAGGAGCUCAGCUUAGAGGAGCUUUUGACGGCGAUGGAUGAGCUCCUCGCCGAAGGCAAGAUCUCUGUGGACGAUUUCAUGAGAGAGGUACGCGAGGCUGGUCGGAGGCAGUUCAUGUGCAAGAUGGAGCGGGAGAAGGCCGCCAAGGCCGUAAAGACGGCCGCCGGCCUGAUCUCAGAGGAACCUCCCAAGGCUCCCGCGCUGCCCGUGGCUGUUGCUCGGCCUCUUCCUGCGGGGGCUCCCGUGCAAGCUGCUGCUGUGCCAGCCAGACAGCUCGUGGCCGCCUAA